AAAGUUGUGUAGAGGGCACUGAAAUCAUCAAGAAGUUUUGUUGACACGUAUAUCAAAUAAAUUGAAAAUUAAUAAUUUGAUUUUAUUUAAAGAAAUAACAAGGAUAAUAAAGUAAAUAUUCAUCAUGUCGCUUGCAGAAAGUGCGUGUUACACGAUCAUUAAUGUUCCGGAUAUGGAGCCUUACAAUGAGAUGCAAAUAAAGUUAGAUUUAGAAAAAGGUGAAAUAGGAACGAAAAUUGAUACACUGAAGAAAGUAAUUCAAUUGAUGCUGAAUGGAGAAAAACUUCCUGGACUUUUGAUGACUAUAAUUCGUUUUGUACUUCCACUGCAAAAUCAUACAAUUAAAAAAUUGCUCUUAAUCUACUGGGAGAUUGUUCCGAAAGUUUCUGGUGAUGGGAAGUUGUUACAUGAAAUGAUUCUCGUUUGUGAUGCUUAUCGCAAGGAUCUUCAACAUCCAAAUGAGUUUCUUCGUGGCUCAACUUUAAGGUUUUUAUGUAAACUAAAGGAACCUGAAUUGUUGGAACCUUUAAUGCCUGCUAUUCGCGCAUGUUUAGAUCAUCGUCAUUCCUACGUUCGUCGUAAUGCUGUUUUAGCCAUUUUCACAAUUUACAAGAAUUUUGAAUGGCUAGUUCCCGACGGUCCAGAAUUGAUUGCUAAUUUCCUCGAUACACAACAAGACAUGUCUUGUAAGAGAAAUGCAUUCCUCAUGUUACUUCAUGCUGAUCAAGAAAGAGCAUUAAACUAUUUGGCAUCAUGUUUAGAUCAAGUGCAUAAUUUUGGUGACAUUCUUCAACUUGUCAUUGUGGAAUUAAUUUAUAAAGUUUGUCAUACAAAUCCAAAUGAGCGAUCACGUUUCAUUCGUUGCAUUUAUAAUUUAUUAAAUUCAACAUCUAAUGCUGUACGUUAUGAAGCCGCUGGAACUUUAGUUACAUUAUCUACAGCACCAACAGCCAUUAAAGCAGCUGUAAGUUGUUAUAUUGAAUUGGUCAUAAAGGAAGCAGAUAACAAUGUCAAACUUAUCGUUUUGGAUCGUUUAAUUGCUUUGAAAGAGAAUGAGCAUAUGGAACGUGUUAUGCAGGAUUUAGUUAUGGAUAUUUUGAGAAUUUUAACAUCGACUGACAUUGAAGUUCGUCGUAAAACUUUAACUUUGGCAAUGGACUUAGUUUCAUCAAGAAAUAUUGAGGAAAUGGUGCUAGUAUUGAAGAAGGAAGUUGCCAAAACUCACAAUAUUGAGCAUGAAGAUACAGGCAAAUAUCGCCAAUUGCUUGUUAGAACUUUACAUACAUGUAGUAUCAAGUUCCCAGAUGUUGCUCAAACUGUCAUUCCAGCUUUAGUUGAAUUCUUAUCAGACACUAAUGAACUUGCAUCUGCUGAUGUUCUCAUUUUUAUUCGAGAAGCUAUCGAAAAGUUCCCAACUUUACGUUCAUUAAUUAUCGAAAAACUUCUAGAAGCAUUCCCAUCAAUUAAAUCAACUAAAAUUCAUCGUUCAGCAAUGUGGAUUCUCGGUGAAUAUGCAGCAAGUGCAAAGGAAGUUAUUGAAGUGCUUGAUGUCAUUCAACAGACUCUUGGAGAAGUUCCAAUCGUUGAAAUUGAGCAAAAGAAAUUGACUUCAGAAAAUAAUACUGAGAGUGAACAACAAAAUGGUCCAAGUGCAGUAACAUCAAGCAGCACAAAGAUUACUUCUGAUGGAACUUAUGCCACACAAAGUGCUUUUAGUGUGCCUGCAACUACAAAGAAGGAAAAUCGUCCACCAUUGAGACAAUAUUUAAUGGAUGGAGAUUUCUUUGUUGGAACCACGUUAGCAGCAACAUUAACGAAAUUGGUAUUGAAAUACUUUGAUUGGGAACCAAAAGAUAUUGAACGUAAUCGUAUUUGUACAACAGCUAUGCUGAUUAUGAGUUCGAUUAUGCAUUUGGGAAAAUCUGGAUUCCCAAAAAAGCAAAUCACAAAUGAUGAUUUAGAUCGAAUUUUCUUGUGCUUGAAAACAUUGAGUGAAAGAACUCCAGAAAUUGUUCAAGUCUUUAAGGAUUCAUGCCGUGAAGCUCUCGCCAAUAUGCUCACUGCACAAUCUGACGAAGAAAUGCAAGAAAAAAAGAGUAAGAAGAAGCAAGCUGCAAAAGUUCAAGCUGACGACCCUAUUGCUUUUACACAACUUGCUACAAGCCGCAAUGAUCAAUUGGGCGAAAAUGUUUUCGAAUCUAGCUUAAAUCAAGCACUUGCUGGCACAAAAUCCACUGGAAUAUCUGAUAUUGUCUCAAGCAGCAAGCUGAAUAAGAUUACACAAUUAACUGGAUUUUCUGAUCCCGUUUAUGCUGAAGCAUACGUGACAGUGAAUCAAUUUGACGUCGUUAUUGAUGUUCUUAUCGUUAAUCAAACUAGCGAUACUCUCCAAAAUUGCACUUUAGAAUUAGCUACCGUUGGUGAUUUAAAGUUAGUCGAACGUCCACAGCCAGUUGUUCUUGCUCCCCACGACUUUUGUAAUAUUAAAGCUAAUGUUAAAGUAUCAUCUACUGAAAAUGGAAUCAUCUUUGGCAAUAUUGUUUAUGACACGUCAAAUUCAACUACUGUCGUCGUCCUCAACACAAUUCAUAUUGACAUUAUGGACUAUAUCAUUCCUGCAUCAUGUACAGAUGCUGAAUUCCGUACAAUGUGGAUUGAAUUUGAAUGGGAGAAUAAGGUUGCUGUUAAUACAACAAUAACUGAUCUUCAUGAAUAUCUUCGUGUAUUACUUAAGAGCACAAACAUGAAAUGUCUAACACCAGAAAAGGCUUUAUCGGGUCAGUGUGGCUUUAUGGCUGCAAAUAUGUAUGCAAAAUCAAUUUUUGGCGAGGAUGCAUUAGCAAAUCUUAGUAUUGAGAAGCCUUUUGAUAAUCCAGACGCACCUGUUACAGGACAUAUAAGAAUUCGUGCAAAGAGCCAGGGAAUGGCAUUAAGCUUGGGAGAUAAGAUAAAUCAUUCACAAAAGAACCUCCAUCCAGAAAAAGUUAUUGCUGCUUAAUCUUUUUACUAAUUAUUAUUGCAUAUUAUAAGUUAAAAUUAUAUAUAUUUUUUUCAUAUAUUUAGAUACAUUGCAGUUGGCAAAAACCUCUUAUCAUUUCGUGUCGUAAUUAUGGCCCGAUAAUAAAGAAUUGAUGAAAUAAAAGUUAAUUUAAAUGAA